AUGGCACAGCAGACCAUAUACACAAACGCCUUUUUCCUCCGGGAGUGGAAAGUCUCGGGACUCUGGAACUCAAUUCUGAGGGAAGCCAUGGAAGCCAACAAGACACACAAUCCUAACAAUGGACCUUGGCAAAUUUCUCCAGAAGCCUAUCCGAAUGAUUUCGACACUCAGUCGAACCGCUCUGACCUCCUGGUGUCGCGGCUGCGCCAAAAUGGGAACCAAUGCGACACGGUAGAUCAUCCGUUGAUCUACUUCGAGGCAAAACGAGGUUCGCCCAACAACUACACGUCGAACGCGCGGUGGAGGGCGGUGCGAAUGCAGAUUGAAGCAUGGUGCGAUCUCGCAGACGGUGUCGAGAAGGGUCGUCCCUGCUGGGCCAUCGGAGCCAUUGGCAAGGAAGUCAAAUUCUGGAUUUUCACCGGCUCCAUUUUGUACAACGGUUCGAAUAGCAAGAUGGUCCCCGUCUGGUGCGACAACAAUCAGGUGGUUGUCGGUUGGUCGCAGCCUCAUUGGCAGAAUGGAGACAAUGCGGACGACAGGGCGCCCUACGAAUAUCACGAAGGGUCGGUGCCCAUCAUCAUCGACCACAUGCUCAGUCACCCCUGGGCAGAGAACCUCCAGCACCCUUCGGGUCAAGGCCAGGAUGCGUGGUGA